AUGCCAGAACCAGUAAGUGCCUCUGGUGGUGGGGCGGCUGAUUUCGAGUGGACGAAUAGACUCGAAGAAGAACGCAUGAGAACGCAAGAACUUCGUAUCAAAAAUGAACAGCUGACAGUCGAGAUUCAACGACUGCAUCAGCAAAUGGAGUAUGCACAACAAGAAUACGAACGUGCCUUUCAACUUCGAGAGCAAAUGCGCGAGAAAGGAAUGGCUGAGUUUUUGGCCGAUCAACGUAAGAAGAUGAAUGAUCUGUUGGCUGAGNCCGACUACAAAGAUUUGACAGAACGUGAGCUUGAGAACCAGCGUAAUGAAUUCGCAAAAAUUUCACGAGGAGUCGGCGGUUUCAGUCGACAUGUGACCACGGUCACCUCACAUGAGGGAAGUGAUACGGUAAUAAACCAAGAUGUCGAAUUAAUGGAAGCCGUGAGAAGACUUCGUGAGCAACAAACCGAACCCAAGGGAGCAUCCGCUGAAGACUAUGAUACCCUGAUGAAGAAAUAUGAAGAGGCCAUCGAAAGAAUCCUUGAACUGGAAUCUCGCGGCGAAGCGGUCUCAGGAAAGGGUGGUGCACUUGAGACUGAACUGAAACGACUCAAAGAAAAAUACUCCGAAUGUCAG